UGUUGAAGCGAACAGACGCGUUUUUUCUACAGCGUGUUAAAUUUUAAAUUAAACAUGGAAACCUCAUUUAAAAAUAUAGAAAAAUUAAUUAUCAAGAAGUUGGAGGAACAAAAGAUAUGUAUAUUACAAGAAACAGAAAAGUUGUUGAAAGAACAAGAAAAAAGCUUCGCGUCGAUAAUGAGUGCAAACUUGAAAAUAUUAACGGAAAGAAUAGAGAAAAUUGAAAUAUAUGUAACAAAUAAUAAAUCCAAUAUUAUGAAUAUCGAAAAAGAUCUGAACGAUGUCAAAACAACAUUAAACUUCCAAGAAACAAACCUUAUAGAUAAAAUAAAACAAAUUAGAAAGUGUUAUGACAACGAAGUAAAUAUGUUGACCAAAAAAACAAUCGAUCUCGAAAACAGAUCUCGACGAAACAAUCUGCGAAUAGAUGGAGUAAAAGAAAAAGCAGGUGAAACCUGGACUGAAUGCGAGGAUACAGUUAAAGAUAUUUUUAAAAACCAACUAAAAAUAAAUAGCGAAGUUGUUGUAGAAAGAGCACAUAGAGUAGGCAAAACAAAAGAUAGUAAAAUACCUAGAACUAUAGUUCUGAAACUUUUAAAUUAUCAAGACAAGAACAAGAUUCUUAACGCUGUUAAAAACUUGAAAGGUACUGGUGUAUUCAUCAACGAAGAUUUCGCAAAGGAAACUAUCGAGAGUCGCAAAAAGUUGUGGGAAGAAGUCAAACGUCUACGCGGUGAAGGAAAGUACGCCAUUAUCAAGUAUGAUAAAAUUUUUUUGUAGAGAAUUUAAAAAUCCCAUCCCUAACUUUAAGUCCUAAAAAGAAGCCUUUCUAAAAGUAAAUGCUCAAAUAAAAUUAUAUUUAAAAAAAAAAAGCAUGGCUGGAAUCAGUGACUUUGAAUCCAUGCGUUUUAACUUUAAUGAAAUAAAUGAUGUAAAUAUAGACCCCGAUAUAAACUAUUCCUACGAGGCGCUUACGGAUUGCUCAUAUCACUUUCCA